AGGGGGGCGGGGCUGGGGGCGUGGCCGGGGGCGGGGCCACGCGCUCAGCGCGGGAGAAAUUCGCGUGGCGGCGGGGCCGGUGUUUGGGGCGAGCAGAGCCCCCCCCCAGCCCUCCCCAUGGCCCCGGUGCGCAUCAGCUCGGUGGUGUCCUUCUCCUCGCAGGACCCCCGGUUCCCGGUGGAGAACCUGCUGCGGGAGGACAGGGGGGGGCCCUGGCUCUGCUGCCCCCGGGACCGCAGCCGGCGGCUGAGAGCGGAGCUGCAGCUGGAGGCAGCCACGGCCAUCGGCUACCUGGACCUGGGUAACUGCGGCUGCGCCCUGGUGCAGGUGGAGGUGGGGCGCUCCUCGUGGCCCCGGGACCACCCCUACGUCCCCCUGGUGCCCGGCGUCCCCCUGAUGACCCCGGCCGAAUCGCGGGCGGGCGAGAACCGCUGCGGGGUGCGGAUGUUCAAGGAAGCGGAUUUCCAGCCGGCGGUGGGGCAGAAAUGGGACCGGGUGCGGCUCACCUGCAGCCAGCCCUUCAGCAGGCAGGGGCAGUUCGGGCUCUCCUUCCUCCGCCUGCGCACCCCCAGCGACUCCCAGCCCGACCCACGGCCGGCACUGGAGGACGCCCACAGCCCCCAGCGCUGCAGCCCGGCCAUCUGCAGGAUGCUGUGUGCACAGACUGGAUCGUGGGGUCUCACGGCAGGAGGAGCAGCUCAGGAGCCGCCUGCAGCAGCUGGAGCCGGGCCCCAAAUCCCGGAGCCCCCCUGCCCGGAGCCCCCCCCACCUCAGCCGCCCGGCCAGGAUGCUGCUGGCGGCGGCACGGAGCCGAGCCAAAAAUCCCCAAAACGGCACCACGGGGAGCAGCCGGGGGCUGGACCCCCCCGCACCGGCCCCUGGCUCCUCACAGGACAUCCCCGCGCCCCCAAAAAGGGUCCGCAGGCAGCGGGCUCGCAGCCCCCCAGGCAGCACACAGCAGGGCGAGCCCUCAGCUUGCAGGACCCCCCCAGGAAACCCAGCGCAGGACGGAGACCCCCAGCCCGUGGCCACAGCGAGGGACCCAGCGCAGGGGGCGAGGUGGGGCUGUGCCCCCUCUGCUCGGGAUGUUUCAGCCUGGCGCUGCUGCCCGCGCACGCCUCCCGCUGCGGCGAGGAGGACCCCGACCCCAAUUCCGACCCCAAAUUGGAGCAUCCGUCCUGGGUGCCCUGCCCCAUCUGCCAGCUCUGCUUCAGCCCCGCCGAGGUGCAGCAGCACGCCAGCACCUGCGGGGAGUGAGGGCAGGGGGCUCGGAGCCCCCCCUCCCCGA